GAGCGAGGGUUAGAGAGAGAGCAGCGGGCUGGGCCCACGGACAAAAACUCGCCGAAAAGGAUUUACAUUCGCUACGUAUCGUCCCACCAAUCCAAGUCUGCAAAGAGAGUGUGUUUUUCUGCUUUCCUAAAGCCCGAUCUGUCAGGAGUUACAGCAAGUGGGACUCGAUGAAAGAUGACAGAGGAGGUGAUUGUUAUAGCCAAGUGGGACUACACAGCUCAGCAAGACCAGGAACUGGACAUCCGGAAGAACGAGCGCCUGUGGUUGCUGGAUGAUUCCAAGACCUGGUGGAGAGUCCGCAACGCAUCCAACCGCACCGGCUACGUCCCCUCUAAUUAUGUUGAGCGCAAAAACAGUCUGAAGAAAACCUCACUAGUGAAGAACCUGAAAGACACUCUCGGCCUUGGAAAAAUGAAAAGGAAGACUAGUGCUCGUGAUCCAUCUCCCACACCCAGCACAGAGGCAGAGUACCCAUCCAAUGGCAGUGCAGGAGGAGGUGGAGUGGGCGGGGCCGAGCGGAUCUAUGACCUGAACAUUCCCACACUGGUGAAGUUUUCUUAUGCAGCUGAGCGUGAAGAUGAACUCAACCUAAUAAAAGGGGAGAGGGUGGCUGUGAUGGAAAAGUGCAGUGACGGCUGGUGGAGGGGUAGCCAUGCCGGCCGAGUCGGUUGGUUCCCGUCCAACUACGUCCAAGAGGAGGUGGGAUACACAGACCAUGAUGACGUCUUUGGGGACUCAUUGGGGGGCUUCCGGUCCUUAAAGGUGGGGCAAGGUGCGGCGAUGGCCAACGGCCGGCCGGGAGGCUCUGGGAGCUCCGUUCUGCAUGUGGUCCAGACUCUGUACCCCUUCAGCUCUGUCACAGAGGAGGAACUGAACUUUGAGAAGGGGGAGACGAUGGAAGUUUUGGAAAAGCCAGAGAAUGACCCAGAGUGGUGGAGGUGUAAAAACAGUCGCGGCAUGGUCGGUCUUGUGCCCAAGAACUAUGUGGUAGUGCUCAGUGAUGGGCCAAUAGCGAAGGGUUUAGGGUCAAGUCAUGGCUCCCCUCACAUCAGUCACACAGUUCCCUCACGUACAGGCAAAUUUGCUGGAAAGGAUUGGUACUAUGGUAAUGUGACACGGCACCAAGCUGAGUGUGCACUUAAUGAGAGAGGAGUGGAAGGGGACUUUCUGGUACGGGACAGUGAGUCAUCGCCCAGCGAUUUCUCAAUUUCUCUGAAGGCUGUGGGGAAGAACAAGCACUUCAAGGUGCAGCUGCAGGACGGAGUAUACUGCAUCGGUCAGCGGCGUUUUAGCAGUAUGGAUGAGCUUGUAGAGCACUACAAGAAAGCACCCAUCUUCACCAGUGAGCAAGGAGACAAACUCUAUCUUGUCAAGCCCCUUGCCUGAAUUUGUCACUGACGUUACCUCUCCCCCUGUGCAGCUGUUCCCUUCUUCCCUUCUUUUUUCUCUUGCUCUUUUCAGAAGCAACUUCAAGGACUAUUUGACAUUUCAAAGCCCAACAUUGCCUCCACUCCUGUAGGGAGCAGUAGCAACUUAUUCUUUUAAACAAAGAUGUCCGUCCUUGAUAUACGUGCCGGUUUUUUUGGUUUUUUUAUGAUUUAGUCACUUCGGAGGUUUUGGUAAAGAAAAACAGAAUGGCAUUUCACUGAGCAACAUCUGUAGAACUCUCUCCCAGACUUUGGACAGCUGUUCUUCUGCUCUUCCUGUUGCUGGUUAAUCCACAACCUCAAUCCACAUUACAUUGGUUUACAUUUCUCUGCUCAAAAGAGCAUUACAGUAUGUAAAUGUUUAGCUCUUGUACUGAAUUAGCAGAGGAGAAUAGAUUCAUGUGCAUGUCUUAACCUUGAUCCUUCAAAGCAGGUGAGCAUAUGAAGAAUGAGGAGUGUGAUUUGGUUUCCAACUGAUGGUGUGUCUCCAUUCAUAGAGCUCAUCCAAAGGCCAUGCAACUUGUAUGUUCACACUGCAGCUGCCUAUCGCAUUACACUGUCAGAAUCUGAAUACAAACUGAUAAUUGAGAUGACAGUCAGAUUUCACCCUGAAAUAAAGAGGUGCUGUCCCAUCUUCUGAGCCUUUACAAACACUGUUUUUGCAUCUACAGUCCUAUCCCGCAUACAUGAAGGCAGUGUUUGGACUUCUCUGCUCCUAUAAUGCGAACAUACACAGCUUUCCAGGUAUUUCUCUUGGAUCCGAGUCACUUCAGGGUUUCUUCAGAAUCAGGGUACUUCAUAAAGGGAGAUAAAUGCCGCAGUUAUGACAGGCGUUAAAAGAGAUGGAGGUAAAGAGAGAGAGAUUGUAGCUAUUAAGAGAGAGUAGUUUCUGUAGACAAGGAGAAAGUUUGAAUGUGUGUCCUUUCAACCAAAUGUGCCACCCACUCCCAGUUCUGCUACUAUUGAUGUCUUAUUGCACCUCACCAACACGUCUUCUCUGCUCUCAGUAACACAGUUGAUUGUGAACACUAAUUCAAGAGUAAUAAAACAAAAUC